GUGUUAUGCAUCAUUCAUUUUUGUUCCAUGAAAAGUUCCUGGUGUUUUAGUAAGAAUCUCUUUCUCCUAUGCAGUCAGUCAGUCUUACAUUGCUCAGUCAGUCAUGCUCACCUGUGAAGCAGAGCAGAGAGCCCCGGAUGGAGAAGAGAGAGGAGACAGUAGCAAAGGACCCAGAAGAGUUCCAGUCUUUGUUCCUAAGACAGAAACUCAGAGAAAAGCAACAGUGACGAUGGCUGCUUCUUCAGUAACUGCUCCCCAGGGUCUGUUGACAUUCAGGAAUGUGUCUGUGGACUUUUCCCAGGAGGAGUGGGAAUGUCUAGACUCCUCUCAGAGGGCUUUGUACAUGGAUGUCAUGUGGGAGAAUUACAGCAAUCUAGUUUUUGUAGAGAACCAUUGCAUAUGUGGUAAAAAUGAGAUUGUCUUGAAUCAAGGCUCAAAGCACAUUGUCCAUGAGGAUGUGAAGACCCAAGAGAAGUCUCACAGUUGUUAUGAGCUUGGCAAAACAAUUCAUGAAUCCUCCCAAUGUAUACCUUAUAACACCAGUGGUACUACGGAAAACUGCCAGGGCUACAGAAGUGGUAACCACAGGGAUGCUUCUACUGACUCAUCAAACCUAAGGAGACAUGGAAGUGGGAACACUGGAGAAGAACAGUACAAAUACAAAGAUUAUGGGGAGUGUUUAAAUAUGUGUUCCACCAUUAGCCAGUCUCCACAAAUACACGCUGGAAAGGAAGAACACAAAAAUGCGGAAUAUGAUGAGCUUUUUGAUUCUAAACGUGAGCUUACAAUGAAACUGAUCCGUAAUGGAAAGAAACGGCCCCAAUGCAGGAAGUGUGGAAAAUGCUUCAGGACCCAUUUGAGCCUCAGUAGACAUCAGAGAGCUCAUCCUGCAGAGAAACCCUGCAAGUUCAUAGAAUGUGAUAAGUCCUCUUUGCUUUUGUCACACCGCAAAGUACAGAAAACCCAUUAUAGAGGAAAACCCUCCAAAUGCACAGAAUGUGGCAAGUGCUUUUAUCAUUCAUCAGGCUUUAAAAGUUGCAGAAUCCACACUGGAGAGGAGAGUUACAAAUGUAAGAAUUGUAGAAAAUCUUUUAUCUGUUGCUCGGGUCUUAGAAAACAGCAGAAACUUCGUGUAAGCCAGAGGCCUUAUAAAUGUAAACAGUGUAGUAAGUCCUUCUAUACAUUGUCACACCUUGAAUACCAUUACAGAAGGCACAGUGGAGAAAAACUUUACAAAUGUAAUGAGUGUGGCAAAUCCCUUUCUACCUCCUCAAGUCUUAAAAAACAUCAGAGAAUUCACACAGGAGAGAAAAUUUACAGAUGUAGUGAAUGUGGGAAAUCCUUCACCUUUCGCACGUCUCUCAGACUGCAUCAAAGGAUUCACACCGGAGAGAAACCUUACAAGUGCAAUGAAUGUGGCAAGUGCUUUAUCCAGAAAGUCAACCUUAGAACGCACCAGACAAUCCAUUCAGGAGAGAAACCAUACAAAUGCAAAGAGUGUGGAAAGUCCUUUACUGUUGGCUCUGGUCUGAGAAGACAUCAGACAGUUCAUACUGGAGAGAAACCUUACAAGUGUGGCAAAUGCGGGAAGUCCUUUCCCAUUGUCUCAGACCUCAGAAAUCAUCAGAAAAUUCACACUGGAGAGAAACCUCACAAAUGCAGCGAGUGUGAGAAAUGCUUCAUCUGGAAAGCUGAUCUUCGAACUCAUCAGAAAGUCCACACAGGAGAGAAACCUUACAGAUGCAGUGAGUGCGGGAAAUCCUUUACCACUGGCUCAGGUCUUCGGAGACAUGAAAGAAUUCAUACGGGAGAGAGACCGUACAAAUGCACCGAGUGUGACAAAUACUUUGUCCAGAAAACCAACCUUAGAAGGCAUCAGAGAAUUCAUACAGGAGAGAAACCUUACCACUGCAGUGAAUGCGGGAAGUCCUUUAACACUGACUCAUAUCUCAGAAUACAUCAGAAAAUCCAUACUGGAGAGAGACCAUACAAAUGUGGUGAAUGUGACAAAUACUUUAUCCAGAAAGCCAAGCUUCGAAUACAUCAGAAAAUUCACACGGGAGAGAAACCUUUCAACUGCAGCGAAUGUGACAAAUGCUUUAUCCAGAAAGGCAAUCUGAUAAGUCAUCAGAGAAUUCACACAGGAGAGAAACCUUACAAAUGUAGUGGAUGUGACAAGUCCUUCACCAUUGGCUCAGUUCUUAGAAAACAUGAGAAAACUCAUACUGGAAGAAACACACUAAUCCUUUAUCCAGGAAGCCAGGUUUAGAACUCAUCAAUGAAUUAAUACAGGAGAGAACCGUAUCAAUGUAGUGUAUAUAGCAAAGUCUUUACUACCUCUCAGGUCUAAGAAAUCAUGAGAAAAUUCAAACUGGAGAUCAGAGUUUCCAAAUUAAAUACUGUGGCCUAUGCUUUAUCCAAACUCUGCCCUCUGUGGACCAAUGCAGGCUCCACACUAGAGAAUCAUUAUGAGCACGAGAAACUUGUGAAAGCCUGUGAGUCAUGUUCAAAUCUCAGAAAAAAUGUCAAGCCUUUACACCAAGGGAAAAUUCCAGAAAUGUGACAUUGUAGGAAAAAUUUUCAUUCAAACAUUUUACUUUUUCCGUCCUCCAAUACUUCAUAAUGAAAACAAAAUGGAGAAGCCUGAAGACUGUGAGUUGUGUAGCAGUUUUCUGGAGCCUGAAGCAUUCCAUCCAGGGAAGCUGAUUAAGACAGGAAAUGAAUCAUUCAAAAAUAGCUUCAAGAAUUUACUGAAACUGACAGGAUUCACUAUGCUUAUUACUACCAUUGAAGAAACCUGUAUUGGUCUUGCUGCUUAGAAGAGGCUUUGAUGAAUUGAGCCAAUAAGGUAUGAUGCCCUUAACACAUAGAUAUGCCUGCAGGUGUGUAUGCUGUGGGUGGUCAGUGUUCAAAUGCUCUAUUUCAUGCUGACUUGUAGUUUCAUGAUGGCAACUGUCCUUGAGUAACUUUUGCUCUUGUAAGCAACUCCAGUUGCUAUUUAUGUAAGUAACCCCAAUAAAGCUCAUUAUUUCAACAAGAUGGAUUUCAGUGGCAAAUGUUGUGAUGUCUUGCUUGUACAAAUAAAGUCUGCCUGGGGGAGAAUAGAGCUUGCCACUAGCUAACCACAGAAGUCCGGAGGUCUGUGCGGACAGACAGGAAGUGAGGUAGCUGGGCAGAAACAAGAUGUAAGCGGGGACACUAAGGAGGUAAGGAGCAUUUCCCUCUAUAUCUGACUCUGGCUUUUUAUUAUCUAGACCAAUUAAGAACUCCAUUUACAGGCAAGUAUACUUGGUUCUGUGGUCAGUUCCCAUUUUGCCUGAGUGGGUGCAUAUGAAUGUUACGUCUCCUCAGGAAAAGUGUCUCAUGCCACAUGGGCUGAACUCACCAAUUGUUCCUCCAAGCUUGUACACCAGAAAAAUCAAUGUUAGAGAUGAAGCAUUUGAAUCAACUAAGAAAGGGAAGAGUGAUUAUACUAACUGCUUCAGGCUUACUAGUACAGUAAGUAGUACGUGGUCCCAUGGAAAGGGCUGGACACAGACAGAAUGUAGAGGAUUAGUGAGCCGAAGAAAGAAGAAGACUUCCUUGCAUUCAUGCAAGAGAGUGAGAGGUCUUCAGCGGGACAAAUGAAACUAUGGGUAUAAGUCUUUGUUACUAACAGACAUCCUCUAGACUGGGCUUUGUCUGUGCAUGGCUCUGAAAUCAUGCUUUGACUCCGUGAUUCAGUCAAACUGCCGUGACCCUCAGAACCCUGAUCUCCAUGGGUAAAAAACGGAAUGCCACUGGGCCAUCCUCAUGUCCUGUUGGACCUUAGAAAUUUCAAUCUACAAGCCUCAACAAAUGAGUUAAAUUCCUUUCGUUACAUCCUUUCCACACUGUUGAUAUGCGGACAUCAGAAAACUCAAUAUGAAAUAAAACUAAAGAAAAUAAUUUAAUAAAGACUUGUGUUCUGCUUAA